AUGAGUUAUCCCCAGCAACAACAGAUGAACUAUGGACCUCCUCAGCCUGGAUACGGACCUCCUCCCCAGCAACCCAUGUACUACCAACAAGCACCUCCACCACCUCCACCAGCGGAAAAGAAGGACAGGGGUUGUCUGACUGCUUGGUAA